AGUGUCAUCGAUCUGUCUAUUGAUUUUCGAUUAUGAUUUUGAUAUAUUAAUGUUAUUAUUUAGAGAAAUAUUCAAAAUUCAUACGAAUUCUAGCAUAACAUGCUCAGGAGAAGGAUAAUACGGCUUGUAUCACAGACUAAAAACGCGACGCAGCAGGUAGUCAGCAUACAGAGAAGGCUCAUACACACAACACCAAUCAACAAUACAAUAAGUGACAAAUCAUUCAAAUGGAACACGUCGCACCAGAACUUUCUGCUCAAGCGCAUGAUCAAAACGUCGCCGCCACAGAACGCCGUGGAAGAAGUCAAAGCUCCAACUUUCCCGGAUUCAGUGUCUUCUGGCGAUAUCAAAUUGAUAAAGAAAGAGGGUGAUGCAGUCGCGAUGGACGAAGUGGUGCUGGAGAUAGAAACCGACAAGACGGCUCUACCGGUCAUGUCGCCCGGCAACGGGACCAUCGUCAAGAUGCUGGUCAAAGAUGGGGAGUCCGUCAAGUCGCAGCAGCCGCUGUUCUCGGUGGACGUAACAGGAGUAGCUCCAGCGAAGGCGGCUCCGGCCCCAGCGGCAGCAGCGCCCGCGCCGGCGGCUGCUGCCCCUGCUGCUGCCAAGCCUGCCGCAGCGCCGGCCGCCAGACCCGCCGCCGCCCCUGCUGCCAAGCCCGCUGCUAAACCUGCGGCUGCUAAGAAAGCCCCUGCUGGACCUACGGCGGCAGCUCUAAGGAUAGGUGACCCCACGAAGACAAUAUCGGGGACGCGCACGGAGCACCCAGUGCCCAUGAACAAGAUGCGCAGACGCAUCGCCGAGAGGCUGAAGGAAGCGCAGAGUACUACUGCUAUGCUGACGACUUUCAACGAGUGCGACAUGAGCAAACUGAUGGCGUUCCGCAAAGCGAACCUCGAAGCGUUCACCAAGAAGUACGGGGUCAAGCUGUCCUUCAUGUCGCCGUUCCUGAAGGCGUCGGCCAACGCGCUGAUGGACCAGCCCGUCGUCAACGGCGUCAUUAUCGGCGACGACAUCAUUUACAGGGACUACGUGGACAUAUCAGUGGCGGUGGCAACACCUCGGGGCCUGGUGGUGCCCAUACUGCGCAACGUGGAGUCCAUGGACUACCCUCGGAUUGAGCUCGCUCUGAACGCGCUGGCUGCUAAAGCGAGAGACGGCAAGUUGACUCCUGGAGACAUGCAAGGCGGCACAUUCACGAUCAGCAACGGAGGAGUGUUCGGCUCGCUGCUGUCGAUGCCCAUCAUCAACCUGCCCCAGUCUGCGAUCCUGGGCAUGCACGCCAUCUUCCAGCGGCCUGUGGCGAUAGCAGGGAAGGUGGAAAUCAGGCCCAUGAUGUACCUGGCACUCACCUACGACCACAGACUGAUAGACGGGCGCGAAGCAGUGCUGUUCCUAAGGAAAGUGAAAGCCGGAGUCGAGGAUCCUACGUCCAUCUUAGCGGGCGUGUAGUGUUGGACGCUUGCUAAAAUAUGUGCUAAGUCAACUACCACUAUGUUUAGUGCGCUGUAGUAUAAUAACAGAAUUUUGGUGCUUUUUUGGGUCGAACGUUUUGCGAUAAUAGCAGUUCAGUGCUUGUGGACACAAACAUUAUGACGAAUUUUAUUUCGUGAUUAUUUCGUCAGGAUUCAUUUUUAAGUAUUUUUCGGGGGUUUAAUCUACUACUUAAUUAAGCUGAUUCUAUUAUCGGUUUUUAUAGCGAUAGACACAGAAAUGGCCCACUAAGUACCUCGAAAAUCACAGAAAAUACAGAAAUGGGACUCAGAGAGCGAAGCUAGCUUACCUAGCUUUUCUUUCGUAGCAAAGUUGCUCUAUUUUUAUGUAAUACGUGUCAAACUAAUUUCUAAUUUGCAGUAUUUUCGUAGACCUACUUACUUAUUUCUACUGAACCUUUAUCUUUUUAUUUAGUUUACACUGUCAGGA